AUUUCAAAUUAUCUUGUUUUGACCUUGACAACAUAGAUAAUGUAUAAUUACGUAUUAACCAAUAAUUUUGAACUCGUACAUUACACGUCCAUCAUAGAGUAAUGGACAAAAUAGCCAUAUACCACAGUAUCUUGGACUCACUUUGUUUUUAAUUAAUUUUUGUAUAGUUAAUUUCUACAGUGAUCAUAUUAUAGAAUAACACGAGUUUGUUUUAAUUAGUUUACAUUUACUUAUUGUUUAGUCAUAUUUCUAUAUAGUACAAACAGUAUAAAUAAAAAUAAAAAUAAUAAAAAAAACAACAGCUGUCAAUUGUCUGCUGAGCAAAGUCAGGUUUCUGUCUUGAAUUACAAACACUAACAAAAACAAAUCAACAAACCCAAAUACACAGAAAGUUAACAUUCACUGAAUCAACAAAAGUUUCAAGUUUUGUUUGUUAUUAACCACAGGACAACAUAAUGGGAGGUUGGAAGCUGGAAGUUGGAAAGAUGUUCAUGUACAUGAUGUUUCCUGUAGUAACUUUCCACUAUUUCAACCAGCCCCAAUACUAUGAAGAAUGGGUAGCAAAGGCAAAAAAAGAGUUAUAUCCUCCUGAAUCUGACGAAGUUAAUAUGUUAUUACGUGAAAAGUUAAGUUCAAUUCGCCAGAAAAGAGAACUGGAGGAACUGAAACAGUUGGCAGCAAAACAUCAAUAGUUUAGGUGUUUCAACACAAACAAUUUCUAAAAAUUAAAACCUAACAAUAAUUAUGUAAAUAUGUAGAAUAUAAUACAGUGUAUAAUAUAGGUACUAACUUUAAUUUUGUAAAUAAAUAAA